GAGAGAGAGAGAGAGUGAGCGAGGGGCUGCGUCCUAAAAGAGAAACCCAGUGUCGCUUGACUUGGUAAAUUCGCAGCGUCUCAGCCAUCUGACUCAUCACCGAGUGACAAUGACAGUACCAGAUUCCAAUUUCACCGAGUGCACCAACUUAUACGACCACCGUCCAGUGGCCCGGGUACUCAUGCCUUUCAUCUACUCCGUCAUCUGCCUGAUGGGCCUGCUGGGCAACGCUCUGGCCUUACAUGUGAUCCGCUCCAACCUGACCAAGCUCAACUCCACCACAUUGUACUCUGCUAACCUGGCAGCGUCCGACCUGCUCUUCUGCCUGGCGCUUCCGCUACGGGCGACCUACUAUGGCCUGGGCUUUCACUGGCCCCUGGGAGAGACAAUGUGCAAGCUAACAGCCCUGCUCUUCUACCUCAACUGCUAUGCAGGGGUUAAUUUCAUGACCUGCCUGGCUGUAGACCGUUUCAUGGCUGUGGUGCUCCAGCAGAGGCUUAGCAAGCUGAGGAAAGUGCAGAACGUGAAGUACAUUUGCGUGAUUGUGUGGUUAGUGGUGUUGGCACAGAUCCUACCAUUACUGGGCAUGCCCAUGACGAAUGUGGAAAAAGAUGGUACCAUCACUUGCAUGGAGUAUCCAAACUACGAGAACAAGGUCCAAGGUCUGCCAUAUAUUCUGAUUGGUGCAGUGCUUCUGGGCUAUGGCAUUCCAUUGGUGACCAUCCUCAUAUGCUACUCUGUGCUUUCCCGCAAACUACACCUAGCAGCUAAGACCAACCAGUUAACAGAACGUUCUGGAAGGACUCACAAAGCCAGAGGAGUGAUCGCUGGCGUGGUUCUGGUUUUCGUUGUGUGCUUCAGCCCGUACCACCUGGACUUGUUACAGUAUAUGGUCCGGAAGCUGGUCUACAAUCCAGACUGCGCGGAGCUUCAGGCCUUCCAAAUUUCCCUGCACAUCACUGUGUGUCUGAUGAACUUCAACUCUUGCUUGGAUCCGUUUGUUUACUUUUUUGCCUGUAAGGGCUACAAGAGGAAGGUGCUGAAGAUCUUAAAGCGGCAGGUUAGCACUUCAUUCUCCAGUGUUGGACGGACCUCACCCGAAAGUUCUGGCACACACGACAACUUCUCGCAUUUACGUGGCAAGAGCCGUCACCACAACAACUUGCCCCUAAACCCUAUUGGGAGUGGCUCCUGAGAUCAAGAACCUCCUGUGUGAGGUUAGGUAUCAGUGGAGAACGGCCAGAUCACAAGUCCAAUGACGAAAAGGAAGCAAUUUAUGGAUUUGAAGUAGGGCUGCUUGAUAAGGACAAACCAUCAUAUGCUGUCUGUAGUGCUAUGAAUUUGAGCAUAACUAAACAAUGAUGAACAUAUUAUAAUACCAUACGACAUGGUUAAAGAUAGGGCAGUAUGGACAAUGGAUAUUUAUGAGAGCAUGUAGGCACCCAUCACUGGUCAGAACUUUUCAGAACAGUUAUUGAAUGUUCAUCUCUCCAAGAAAGACAAUGGAGAGAAGCGAUUUAAGGUGGAUAAAACAUCAUACUGCAAUUAGAGUGGUACAAUUUGGAGUAUGAGAGUACAAUUAACAUGUUGUAUUUCCAUGAGAGAUUAAAGUCAGGAAUGCCUAGUUUGAAAUGCCAGUAAUUAAUGAGAUGCAAAUGCCAAAGAUUUUUCCAGACUUUCUAGAAUGAUAAAUAUCUGCUUUAGCGUCUUCGCAUCAUGGAGCGAGGCAACUAUGGAGAUAACAAUAAAAAACCAGCGAUAUGCAAUAGGUCAGAAAGGGACAACAAACUAGUGAAACAGCAAUGUUAACAGUUUAACUUUGUCCUUUAAAGAACAUCAAAGUCAAGGUUCCAUAUUGAACAAUGGUGAGGAUGUGCACAAGUAACAAAGAGAAUCAUUCAAUAACAAUAAACAAAGAGUUCAGCAAUAA